AUGUCUGACUUGACAAGAAUCGCCAUCGUCAACACAGACAAGUGCAAGCCAAAGAAGUGCAGACAGGAGUGCAAGAAGUCUUGCCCCGUCGUCAAGAUGGGCAAGAUGUGUAUUGAGGUCUCGCCUGCGUCCAAGAUCGCCUUCAUCUCGGAGGACCUCUGCAUCGGUUGUGGUAUUUGUGUGAAGCGUUGCCCCUUUGGCGCCAUCCACAUUAUCAACUUGCCCACCAACUUGGAGAAGGAGGUCACCCACCGUUACUCUGCCAACUCGUUCAAGUUGCAUCGUCUCCCUGUGCCUAGACCUGGCCAGGUUCUCGGUUUGGUCGGAACCAACGGUAUCGGAAAGUCGACCGCCCUCAAGAUUCUUGCAGGAAAGCUCAAGCCCAACUUGGGCCGCUUCGACAAUGCUCCCGACUGGCAGGAUAUCUUGAAGCACUUCCGUGGAUCAGAGCUUCAGAACUACUUCACAAAGAUCUUGGAGGACAACCUGUUGGCCAUCAUCAAGCCCCAGUAUGUCGAUCACAUCCCCAAGGCUGUCGCCGGAAAGGUCGGCGAGCUCUUGGAGGCCAAGCAGGAGCUCGACAACCGCCAGUUGAUGAUUGACAACCUUGACUUGAAGGAGAUUCUUCAGCGUGAGGUUGGUCAGUUGUCCGGAGGAGAGUUGCAGCGUUUCGCCAUCUCCAUGGUCUGUAUCCGCAAGGCCGAUAUUUACAUGUUCGAUGAGCCUUCGUCGUAUCUCGAUGUCAAGCAGCGUUUGAACGCUGCCAAGACCAUCCGUUCGUUGCUCAAGCCCACCUGCUUCGUCAUUGUCGUCGAGCACGAUUUGUCCGUUCUGGAUUACCUGUCCGACUUCAUUUGCGUUCUCUACGGUGUACCCUCGGUCUAUGGUGUCGUCACUCUUCCCUUCUCGGUCCGUGAAGGUAUCAACAUUUUCUUGGACGGAAAGGUCCCCACCGAGAACUUGCGUUUCCGUGAGGAAUCUUUGACUUUCCGUCUUGCCGAGACUGCCGAUGAGGUUCAGGAUAUGCCAAACCACCGCCGUUACAAGUACCCCAAGAUGUCCAAGACCAUGGGAGACUUCAAGUUGAACGUCGAGCCCGGUCAAUUCACCGAUUCCGAGAUCAUUGUCAUGUUGGGAGAGAACGGAACAGGAAAGACCACCUUUAUUCGUCUUUUGGCCGGUAUCUUGAAGCCCGAUGGCGACCAGUACGUCCCCGAGCUCAACGUCUCCUACAAGCCCCAGAAGAUUGCCCCCAAGUUCCCGGGUACCGUCCGUAUGUUGUUCUUGAAGAAGAUCAAGGCUGCUUUCAUGCACCCUCAGUUCAACACCGACGUUCUCAAGCCUCUUCAGACCGAGCCCAUUAUCGAUCAGGAGGUCGGCAACUUGUCUGGAGGAGAAUUGCAGCGUGUCGCCAUUUGCUUGGCCCUUGGUGCCCCCGCCGAUAUCUACCUUAUCGAUGAGCCCUCUGCUUACUUGGAUUCCGAGCAGCGUAUUAUUGCCGCCAAGGUCAUCAAGCGUUUCAUCCUCCACGCCAAGAAGACCGCCUUCAUCGUCGAGCACGAUUUUAUUAUGGCUACCUACUUGGCCGAUCGUGUCGUAGUCUAUGACGGUCAGCCCUCCGUCGAGGCCACUGCUGGUUCUCCCCAGAGCUUGUUGACCGGUAUGAACAAGUUCUUGUCGUCGCUCGAGAUUACCUUCCGUCGUGAUCCUACUAACUUCCGUCCAAGAAUCAACAAGAUGGACUCUGUGAAGGAUAAGGAGCAGAAGUCAACCGGAAACUACUUCUUCUUGGAGGAUUAG